AUGACCAUAGACGAUGAUAGCUCUAUAUAUGUAGGGGGUCUCCCCUACGACAUCUCCGAAGAAACCAUUCGUACUGUCUUCAAUUUGUAUGGUGCCAUUCUCGAUGUGAAGAUUAUCAACGACCAACGUAGUAGGGGGAAGUGCUAUUGUUUUGUUACUUUCACAAAUCCUAGGUCAGCGAUCGACGCCAUCAACGACAUGAAUGGCAGAACCAUUGACGGGCGUGUGGUUAAAGUUAAUGGGGUGAGGUCUCGUGGGGGCAGGUCAAAUUUUGGAAGAGAACGGUAUUAUUAUCAUAAUGAUGAGAGGAAUGGAGAUUGGGAUCGUGGGAGAGAUCGAGACCGAGAUUAUGAUCAUGAUAAUAAUGGUAGGGAUGGAUACAGGAAUCGGAGCAGUGAUUGGAGUCGCGACCGUGAUAGGUCUCGAGACCGUGAGCAGGACAGGGAUAGAAGAUUUGAGCACAUGCAUUAUGAUCAAGCUAGAGAUUCUAUGUUAGAUAAUGACUGGAGUAGAGAGCAUGAUAUAGUUGAAAAUGAACAAGAACAUAGCAGGGGAGGUGGUGGAGAUGUGGAUAGAGACCACAACUUGGAUUUGAAUGCUGACAAGAAAAUGGAUAGGACAAGUGACCCUGAUAGAAGUUUUGAUGAGGAUAGAAAGGAUCACUCAAGGAGAAACAAUGACUUGAAUGGUACAAAUCGACAUAGCAUGGAUCUUUCAUCAGAAUCAACAGGUGCUCACAAUGAUCAGGUGGAAGCUCAAUUAGAGAGCUCAACACAACAGCUUGAUCAACUAAAAAAGGAGGUUUCUCAGAUGGAAGAGGGAUUGGAAGGGAAAAGGGCCCAUGUUAAGGAAUUACAAAAGCAAUCUAAGAAACUGGAGGAUGCACUGAUCAAUGCAAAGAAAAACUCUUCAUAUCGUCAGAUGCAGUUAAUAAAGCUGCAUAAAUAUUUUCUGCAAGUGAAAGAUCACACAGAAAGACUUAAAACUAGUGAAAAGGAACUUCAGGCUCUAAUUGAUACAGUAAUGUUAGAGAUUGAUGGUGAUGGCAUUGGAUUAAAGGAUGGACAACUGACAAAUGGGAAGUCUUGA